AUGCCACCGGGCACGAUGAUCCCCGGCAUGCCUCUUGUAGGCCAUGGAAUGCUUAUGCAGCAACCUCCCGAGACACCCCAGCCGGGCCCGAAGAACUUCUCAUGCAGCACGAGCGAGAAACGAGUUGCGAGACGCAGUGACCUUGCAAGACACGAACGAACCCAUAGCGGCCAUCGGCCCCAUGUCUGCGAUCACGAAAGCUGUGGAAAGCAGGUCCGCAACGAGCUACGCAACAAGGCCUACUACAACUUGUAUCCGGCGUCCACCGAGACCGCAGCAUGCGUCGACCUCCUUACGCAAGCCGGCGCCGUCGCCGUGAUCGUGGGCACUACCAAGCUUGGCUAUUCACGACAGCAGAGGAGCCUUCCGAGUGUAUCGACUACCAAGCACCGUGGAACCCGCGUAGCGAUGGCUACCAGACUCCUGCGGGAAGCAGCAGCCAGGGAGAAGCUCAUCAACAUCCGACUUCGACGAGUCGCCCGUGGGCUGAUUGCCCUUCUUACGGUCAAGAUGCUUUUCCUCGGCAGCCUGCCCAUCACGCUUCUGCCGGGCAGUUUGUUGUUCUCGGAGCAUCUCGAGUUGAGCAUCCUUACCGCUGACGACGCGAAAGAGGGCAACACUCCGGCCGUGAACAACCAACGCGAGCCUACCAUCGAACAGGAGAACAAGGAACGCAAGCCCAUUGUCGAGCAGGAGCCCAUUGCAGCAGUUCAUGACGCACUCCACCACCAUACCCCUGCCAAUGCCUAG